AUGUCAAAAUCGCACACCGGAGCCCUCACAAGUCAAGCUCGGCUCAAAACUUUAACAUUUGGAGCGGAGGAAACCACCCGUCUUCUAGACGUUUCCUCCUCCAGUAAGACAAGUCUUACCGGGAUCAUACAAGCAGCUCUCGUGGCGUCAUUGUUUGCCAACUUGCCCUCGGAAAUUACCAUUCUCCAUGCCGAGGGCCGCAUGUCACCCCAAGAGUUCCAAUCCUUUGGCGGGACUAUCGCAGAGUCCAACAACAUGCCCGGCUUUGCACAUCGUGAAAUCCAUACAAGGCAGGAGAUCACGACAGCUUCUGUUUGGUGCGAGGCUCAGCAUAUACACUCAGGUACCAAGGCAGAGCUUGCUCGAAAGAAAAGCAAAGUUAAGAUGGAUUCUGCUCGAGGCAGAAAAAGUCACAACAAGGCUGAUAUAAGAGACUCGGCGGGAGAGGCUGAAGAUAUUAACUUGUUGGUGUCUAACAUGGGAGAUUUUCGGGAUCACAAGCAGUCCGAUUCCCAAGAGCAGCUAUGUUGGUGA